AUGGAUCUCCCCGAGCACGUUAGGAAGGCACGUCGGUCCAGCAGACGAUGCAAGAAGAGACUUCCUAGAGUUGCAGAGCUCCUCACAGAUCUCGGACUUGCUGGUCAGAACCCUGCCCCAGACAGGGCCCUCAUUCGAGAGUUUGACGACACUCUCAAGUCUUUCACCGACAAGUUCUUGGCCAAGAAGAACCUCCAGAGGAUCGCACUCACUCAGUGGUCGGUCCAAUUCAAUCAGGACAUCUUUCGGCAGCUGGCCACCUCGUUCCUUCACGAGGCCGAACGGGGUUCCCACUUCUGGCCCGACCAGCCUUCUCCUGCGAACAAGAAGGGAUACUGUUUCUCUAAAGACCGUAAGAAGAUCUGCGAUCUCUUGAUGCCACUGGCCUUCCGUCGUAACCAGAUCCUUAUGAACAACCAGAAGCAUAGGAUCAACCCAGCGUAUCCUGUCACCCUGCUUCCCACCACCCCCACCAAUGCCUCUCAACAACAGACUGCCCAGCAACGGCCCAGCAGCUUAGAGACUCCAGACUCUCACAUCUUGAGAACAAGUCACAUUCCACGAGAUCAAGGGUCAAGCUUGGAUAGCCCCAUUGACGUGGAUGGGCUGCCAGACUUUGAUCCCUUCGAUGAUGAUGGAUUCAGUGAUGAUGAAGGCCCGAGAACCCUCAAAUACCUACAUGACCCUGACUUCCCUUCACCAGAGUUGUCCGCUGCGCCCAUGGCACCCCCGUGCGCAACGGUGGAUGAUGGAAUCGACGAAUGGUACCUUGACACGCCCAAACGCGCACCAAGAGAGCGGACACAAACGAUGGCUCCUGAGGAGACAGAUGCCGUGCCUGCUCAAGACCCAUACGACAUCCCCAACAGCCCAGAGACAGUUGCGCCCCCUAUCACGCAAGGUGAAAAGAGACCAGCAGAGACCGAGCUUGAAGAGCCAGCUCGUCGGACCAAGAGCCCUCGACUAGAACAAGGCUAUGCUAUGCCCGCGACUGAGUGCUCUAGCGAUGAUGACGAUGAACCUCUGUCACACUCCUGGGCAGGCCGAAUGAAAAACAAUAACACCUCUGAGGCAGAGACGAGACAGGCUCGGCUAUAUGACUAUGUCCUCCCUGAUGGUCUGGACGGCGUUGAUGGCUUGCCUGGACCUAUGUCUCACCAAGGGAGCCCUGAACUCGGUGAAGAUGCUCACAGAGAGGCGCUGGCUCGAAGGUCUGCAGCGAUCGACUCCCCCACCAAAGCACCUCUUGCUCUCAUGUCAGAUGCACCGGCUCCAGAGCCAGAGCAAGAAGCUGAGGCAUCUCGGAAGCAACCAGAGAUGGACCCCUUCGAGGAUGCUCCCCUUGACGAACCCCCCAAGGUCCAAACUCACCUUAGGGAGGGUUCACCUCAGGACAAUGUGUCAUCAACCCGGCUCGAGGGUGAUGACACCGAAGGCAAGACUCGAAGCCAAUCUCAUUCUGAAGAGCCAGAGCAAUCUGUUCCUGUGGUCAAGGGGAAACAGCAAUCUGAGGCACCUCAAGUCGAGGACACUCUCACGCACCAGCCAACCAGAGAUGCCACGUCCGACCCAGACCCUACCUUUGCCUUUACCGUGUAUCAAACCGAGAUGCGGCCCGUGAUGUGGAACUACCACGAGCGUGACUUCUUCAAAGGCUCCAUGAGAGAGCUGGUUGACGAGCUGCCCAUGGAGAACAAGCACUCCCUCAGGGGCCUAUGCAUCACGUUGAUGGGGAAGCGGCCUGAACAGUACCAGGUCUUUCUGUACAACGAGGUCAAGUACAAGAACGUCAAGGAGAUUUAUCUCACGACUAUAAAGCAGGAGAUGCAAGAAGCUAAGCUGGACGGGUCUCGUUUGGACUAUGAGCUUAUAAUCAGGCCGAUAAGGCGAUUGGAGAACAAUGAUGCUUGAAUUGCUUCUAAGAUCGUUGUUUGAUAGGGAGGGAGUAUAUUAGGGACAUGUACCUGGACUGUCUGGGGAGAUAUUUAGUACUUGA